AUUGCCGACCCGUAAACGUCGAAGUGAAGGGAAGAGAUAGGACAGAUGAGGAUGGGCUCUCGUCCAUUGUAUAAACCAAGUUUCAUGGAGCAAAACGUCAGUAUUGUUUUACCUCGAUUCGCGAUGCUAUGCAGCAGGAACUCAUUCCUGAAUGAAAUUUCAUAAGUGACCAAUCAGUAGCUAAUAAUAAAAAUUAUCCAGAAAAAAGUUGAGACUUCUGUGAGAGCAUCAGCUGUGAUGAGUCCAGUGUUUUGACGUGUUGUAUAAUCUCUCCUGCAUUGAUAAAAGCAUGACGUUAUGAGUGAUUACCGAAUAAUUAACAACAAAAAGAGAUGAGAUGUAUCGUGUCUUUAUCACUGGCUACCGCCUGGCGGAAGUGACCCAUGGAAAAUCAUUCUACGUUUACACUGUUCAAGUGACAGAUUCCAACAGUGGGAUUAAACAUUCCAUCGAGAGAAGAUAUUCUGAGUUUAAUUCACUCCGCAGAAUGCUGUCAUUUCAGUUGAAGAGGGGCGGCGAGACUGCAGCAUUUCCACCGAAAAGAGUGAGAAAUUGUCAGCCAAAAGUAUUAGAACAAAGAAGAGCUGCACUCGAGGUUUACAUUCAAAAAAUGCUGCAUCUACCCAGUACUAGACAGCAGGUCCUCGAGUUCCUAGGAAUCGAGGGAACAAAAAGCAAUAGAAUAAAUUUCAAAAGUAGAUUUGAUGGGAAAUCCAAUUCUGCCACAACCGCCGCCCAUGUGCCCACAAUGGGUCAUCGUCCUGUGAUAACAUUCAAAUGCGAUCCAUUUGUAACAGCUGAAUCACAACCUGGUCUUCCCGACAUCGUGACUCAGGGUGUUCUACUAGGCUUUUAUAAAUCUGAGAAUUACUAGCUGCACUAAUUAAUUUUAUUCGAUAUUUUUAAAUUGUCUGUGAUGACUUUUAAUGAAGAGACCAUGUUUUUUUUCUAUGUUGGGACAAAUAAAUAAAUUUUUUAAACCA